CCUGAAAGCAGCUGAAAGAUGAUCGAAACGCCCCCGGCURUUUGCUUCUUGUUUUUCUCUCUGUCUUCACGGUUCAGCCGCAGAAAGUUAUCCGCUCCUACAGCUGAAAGGACGGCGUGGGGACUUUGCAGCUAAACCGAGCGGAGCGCAGUUGAGCCAGCUUACAGACUCGGGAAUGAUAUGUUUGGUAAAAAAAAACGACACCUGCGUGCGAGAGUAAAGUAAAGGUAACAACAAGCAUGGACGUGUCCCUCCUCCCGGCUGUCGGAGCAGCUUCAGCCGACGGAAACGCUCCGGCUUUCGGGAAAGCUCCGGCUCAGGUGCCCGCCAGGAAGCAAGCCGUGAAGAGGCACCACCACAAACACAACCUGAAGCACCGGUACGAGUUCCUGGAGACUCUGGGGAAAGGAACCUACGGCAAGGUGAAGAAAGCCAGGGAAAGAUCCGGCAGGCUGGUUGCUGUAAAAUCAAUCAGAAAGGAUAAGAUCAAGGAUGAGCAAGACCUGGUGCACAUCCGCAGAGAAAUUGAGAUCAUGUCCUCACUCUGUCAUCCGCACAUCAUCACCAUUUAUGAAGUUUUCGAGAACAAGGACAAAAUUGUGAUCGUGAUGGAGUACGCCAGCCAAGGAGACCUGUACGACUAUAUCUGUGACAAGAAGAACCUCUCAGAGCGAGAAGCCCGGCACUUCUUCAGACAGAUCGUWUCUGCUGUGCACUACUGCCACCAGAAUGGGAUCGUCCACAGGGACCUGAAACUGGAGAAUAUUUUACUAGAUGCCGACGGCAAUGUGAAGAUUGCAGAUUUUGGGUUGUCCAACCUCUACCACGGUGAUGAGUAUCUGCAGACGUUUUGCGGCAGCCCCUUGUACGCCUCGCCGGAGAUCGUCAACGGACGGCCGUACCGUGGACCGGAGGUGGACACCUGGUCGCUCGGCGUGCUGCUGUACACGUUGGUUCACGGCACCAUGCCCUUCGAUGGACUCAACCACAAGAUGCUGGUCCAGCAGAUCAGCACCGGAAACUACCGCAAACCCAGCAAGCCSUCGGAUGCUUGUGGAUUGAUUCGCUGGAUGCUCAUGGUGAACCCCGAGCGCAGGGCUACAGUAGAGGAAGUAGCUGGACACUGGUGGCUGAACUGGGGCUACCAGCAGUCACUGCUGUGUGAGAGGAAGACGGGUCCGGUGGAGCAGACCCCCUCACCGGCGUCUCCGUCGACGCUAAAUUCCUCGGGGCUGGCCGGGGUUGCCAGCUGGCUGCGCCGCACAUCCAGACCCCUGCUGGAGAACGGCUCCAAGAUGCGCUGCCUGCUCCGCCCUCAGGCGGCCGGAGGGGAUGUGGUGCGACAGCGCUCGCUGCGACGGUCCCAGAAGGAGAACAACGUCUCCCAGGCGGUUAAUGAAGGAAGCGCAGACUCUCGGCCCUACAAGGGUAUUCUGAAGAGGCGGAACAGUGUGAAACAAAAGGCGGUGGCGAGCGAAAGCGCCUCUGUGGGUUCAGUGGAUCCGCCGAACGUUUUGUGUUCGUCCAGUUCGCCUCGCACUCCUACUGCUGCUUUGCUGCCUCGCAAAGGUAUUUUAAAGAAGCCCGUAGAGCACGAGUCGGGGUAUUACUCCUCAUCUCCUGAGAGCAGCGACUCAGGCAGUGUUUCUCACACAAAAGACUGUCCUGCAGCAGCACCAGCGUACAGGCAGGGAAUCCUGAAGCAUAACGGGAAGUUCUCUUCAAGCAGGCUACAGGAGUUCGGCUCUCUGGACCAGCUGGCCGCUUCUUUACCCCGAGAAGGGACCAGGUCGAGACCAAGCAUGGCCAUCAGCGAAGACAGCAUUCUGUCCUCAGAGUCCUUCGACCAGCUGGAUCUGCCAGACCACGUGAGACCACCCGCACAACUGGACAAACCAGGCAAAGCUAGCAUGAGAGGCAGCGUCUCUGCAGACAACCUGUUGGACAUAGCUGAAGACAGGAUUCUGUCUGACAGGGUGCUGAGGCCGUGGGAGUGUUACGGGUCCAGAGUGGCCGACAGCGCCUUUUCCAUCACUGACUGUGAWAACGUCACAGAAACUUACAAAAAGGCCGCAGUUAUACGAGGAUCUGCGGCGAGCUAGACACCACAAAUUAGAAAAAUAGACACAAACUAAAGCCUCGUAAUUUCAUUCAAAUAUCUGACACUGAUGAAGACUUGACAGAGACUUGACAUCCAAAGUGUAUCAUAUGAAAGGACAGGCGCACUUGGCCAACUUGAAGCACUAUGUAGUACCAAAAAGGGAUGUUGCGUGUAUUUUAGACGGUUGUUAUUGAGAUUAAACUGACAUAAUUAGACUGAUUUUAGAUUUAAAUUAACUUAAAAUCUGGCAGAUGGUUAAACUAAUAUUUAAAAAUCAGAAGUGAAGAUAGCACUUGGCAGGAAUUUGAAUUUUAACCAAAGCAACGGUUGAGACAUUUAGACAGAACUUUAAGUCUCAGUCGGACCUGUGUGUGUGUGUGUGUGUGUGUGUGUGUUUGAUUUCGGCUUAUUUUGACAGAAAUAGAACCGGUAUUAUACUUUUAGUUUACAAUGUUUGUGUCAUUUAUAGCUGGAACGAUGGUUUAAACAUUUUGACUCAGUAGGAUUUUAGUUUUGUGAUCAGUAUGCUGAAAAAAAAAAAACAGGUUAUGAGGAUUUCCUCUCUUUGGGAUCAUUUUACUAUUUUUCACUGUUUUUCUGGAAAUAUUUCUGACACCAAAGAUAAAAUCUUCUAAAGUUGUUUGAUAUUUUUGUAUUUGUUUUUGUGUAAAYCACUAGGAAAAUGUGCCAAGAUGAUGUUUGUGCAAGGAUAAUUUCAUCUUUGUUUAGUUAUAUUUACUUGAAGUGACUCAUUGAGUUUGGAUAAUGACUUGAAAAACAAAUCGAUGGGCGCAACAAGUUGAACCUGUUUUAACCUACAAGCCUUUUCACUUUAACGCACGCACACAAGUUGCCACCGACUCAGCCGACGUGGUCCAGUUCCCUUCAAGGGCGGCUCUUGUUCACCCGUUGUUUUUUUGUUUUUUUGAACAGCAAAUGGGAAGAGUGUCAGCUAAUCUGUUUUCUUACGAAUAUUUGAAAUCCGUUUUAAAGGUCAAUCAUCAGGUUUUCUACAAAGCUGGAUUUAGAAAAACUUGUUUAACUGGUGACUUGGCUUUAUUACUAAAAUUUAAAAAUCACAAGCUCUUAAACACCAUUUUUAUGGCUAUCAGGCAGUUUUUAACAUUGGUGCCAUUUGAGUUUAUUAAUAUUUUUUUUUGGUUUGAAUUUUUAUGGAACAAAUGUAACAGAACUGUUCUGGUCUUUAAAUGUGCCUUACAGAGCAGGUUAAACUUUGGUAACAAAUCAUCGAAGCUGGUUUAGUUAAAUGUUGCACAUGCAAUACUACUGAUAUAAAAACUCAAAGUUAUUAACUGUUUUUAUUAACUGCUGUUAGGUUUUGACAUGCUGGGGCUCAUCUGGAACUGAGUGCCUGCACAUGUGCAAAAUAUUUAAAUUCAACCUAAAAAUAUAGUAAAACUGGAAAAUGACAGAA